AUACUGUACAUUUUAUUAGAUUAUUUGAUAAAAACUAUAAGAUUAUCAUAUUAUUAUUUAUAUCUAUUGCAAAUUAUUUGUUAUUACGGUUAUUUCCCAUUAAUUAGGCUAAGUUCAAGCAACUUAUAGUUAGUAAUUGAAUUUCCAAAAUUAGGUAUAUUCAAAAUGCCCAAGAAGUUUGUUGGCAUGAAUUCAAAAGCUAUGGAAGCCAAAGCUCGAAAAGAUGCUAUUAAGCAGGAAGCAGAUGCUAAAAAAAAAAAGGCAAUAGAAGAUGAAUUUUGGAAAGAUGAUGACAAGAAUUCUAUCAAAAAACAAAAAAGAAAGGAGGAAAAGGAGAAAAAAAAGAUUGAUCAAUUAGAAAAAAAACGAGAAGCCCAAUUAUUACUGGAAACUGAGCUCAGUGAAAUUAAGACAACGCAAAUAAACCAAAAAAUCACUAGGCAUCAACUUAUGAAAGAACUGGAUACUCCAUCAACUCAUAAGGUACAACCAACAAUGGAUGAAGAAAGUUCAAUAGAAGAAAACUUGAAUCGUUUGACUAUGCAUGAUGAAGAAGCACGAACAGUUGAUGAGGCUCUUAAUAUGCUGAAUCCUACUCAAAAGUUGUUGGAUAAACAUCCGGAAAAAAGACUAAAAGCAGCAUAUACUGCUUUUGAAGCAGAAAAUUUACCAAGAUUACGUAAUGAAAAUCCAUCUAUGCGUCUUUCUCAAGUAAAACAACUAAUGAACAAAGAAUGGAUGAAAUCACCGGAUAACCCUAUUAAUCAGAGAUAUUCCAAUAAAAAUUGAUUUGAACUGCUUUUAAUAAUACAUAUGAUGUAUAGAUAAUAAUGAUAACUUAUAAGUAGGUGUUAGUAAUUCCUUGAAAUAAAAUGUGAUUAUUUACCUACUAUAAAUAUGUUAAUACAAUAUUAUGUACAAUGUAACAAAAAUGUAUUAAUUUCAAUUUUGAAUAAAAUUGGAACUGUGACAAUUACAAUUA